UAAAUAUCCAACUUUGCUAGCAAUGAAGGUGUACUAUUUCGAUCUCUAUGGAAGAGCCGAGCCAAUCAGACUCUUGCUCACUCACGCCAAGGCUGAGUUUGAAGACGUCAGACUUACUGGGGAGUCCUGGCAAGAAUUCAAGGCUGACUCCGAGAAGUGCAAGUACGGCCAGGUUCCAGUGUUUGAGAAAGACGGCAAGUUCUACCCUCAAGGAGGAGCUAUCUUGAGAUACUUGGGUGGAGUCCAUGGAUACUAUCCAGAAGACGUUGAGACUAGAUUCACAGUUGAUGAGAUCACUGAUCUGCUAGGAUCUGACUUUGGACCAAAGAUUGGACAGACUAUUUUCUACGCUAAGUCUGAUGAAGAGAGAAAGGAAGGAUUCGCCAAGCUUGUUGAGGAGCACUACCCUAAGUUCUUUGGCUUCCUUGAGAAGCAACUGACCAGCAAUAGCUCUCAAGAGUUCCUUGUAGGAGACUCAUACACCAUUGCUGACUUCGUCGCUAUUGCUGCUUACAUCUCUCACGUUCAACAUCCUCACAGAAAGGAUCAAAUUGAGCCUCUCUUGGAUGCCACUCCAACCCUAAAGGCUUAUUUCGACACAAGAGCUGCUGACUUCAAGGACUACAUCGACAACCUCCCUGAAUGCUCUAUGUAAGAGCAUCCAUAAUGGAUACUAUCACUUCAAUCU